AUGAGCUCCUACCUCGACUACGUGUCGUGCGGCCGGGACGGCGGCGACUUGCUGAGCUUCGCGCCCAAGUUCUGCCGCGCCGACGCCCGGCCCGUGGUCCUGCAGCCCGCCUUCCCCCUGGGCAGCGGCGACGGCGCGUUCGUUAGCUGCCUGCCCCUGGCCGCGGCCCGAGCGGUGCCCUCGCCCCCGGCCGCCCCGGCGCAGCCUACCGGGCCUCCCCCGGCCGCGCCCGCGUACGCGCCGUGCCCCCUAGAGGGGGCCUACGAGCCAAGCGCCGCACCUGCCCAGGCCGGGGGCGCCGACUACGGCCUCCCGGGGUCCGCGCCCGCGUACGAUUUACCGUGCGCGCUCGGGCGGCCGGCAGACGACAGCGGGGCGCACGUCCACUACGCCACCUCGGCCGUCUUCUCUGGCGGCGGCUCCUUCCUCCUCAGUGGCCAGGUGGAUUACGCGGCCUUCGGUGAGCCGGGCCCCUUCUCGGCGUGUCUCAAAGAGCCGACCGACGGCCACUCUGGGGCCUUCCAGACCGCGUCCCCGGCUCCCGGUGUCUACCCCAAGUGUGCGUCCCCAGCCUCUGGCCUCCCCGCCGCCUUCAGCACGUUCGAGUGGAUGAAAGUGAAGAGGAACGCCCCGAAGAAAAGCAAAUUCGCGGAGUAUGGAGCCACCACCCCCUCCAGCGCGAUCCGCACCAAUUUCAGCACCAAGCAACUGACAGAACUGGAGAAGGAGUUUCAUUUCAAUAAGUACUUAACUCGGGCCCGACGCAUCGAGAUAGCCAACUCAUUGCAACUGAAUGACACCCAAGUCAAAAUCUGGUUCCAGAACCGCAGGAUGAAACAGAAGAAAAGGGAACGGGAAGGGCUUCUGCCCUCGGCCACCCUCGUGGCUUCCUUCCAGCUUCCCCUCUCAGGAACGAGCCCUGCCAAGUCUGGCAAGAACCCGGGGAGCCCCUCUCAGGCCCAGGAACCAUCCUGAGGUUUAGUCACGUCGCUGAGGAACUGUGGGCUGCAGAACUCAUAGGCCACCUCACCCCUCUCUGGACUUACUAGUUCAGUUUGGAAUGGAGGUGGGCAUGGUGGAAAUAAGAGCGGUUUCACUUGGGAGAGGAAAUAUCUUGGUGGCUUCUGAGUUCCGGGCUAUGGGUGUACAGAUGUUAAUUUGAAGUCUCUAAAGCCACACAUCUGUGUAUUAAUUGUGUCUUAUCAGGGAAA